CUUAUAGCGGAAGUACGCCUUCAGAGAGUUGUUCCAUCGUUCCGCUCAAGUAAACUUUUGCAAGCUCCAAAGGGACAUUAUGUGGAAUUGAACUUCAGCUUGGAGACUUCACAUGCAACACCAUGCAUUGAUGAUAUGUAUCUUGAGGUUCGUGAUGGAUACAACAAGUCUGCCAAUCUUCUUGGUGUAUUUUGUGGAAGGAACAUUUCUGGUAUUGUGCGAUCCAGUGGACAGAGCUUGUGGUUGGGAAAAACACAUAAAUUCAAUUACCAUUUCAGAUGUUCAUACAGUAACAAAACAAUCAAUACAACAGGCAAGUCUUCAGUGACUCACUGAAAUUAGCCACCGAAAGGCAUAUUAGAUGUAUUGUAAGUUUAAAAGUUCUAAUGAAAUGGCCAUUACCCACGUUCCUUAUACUCGACUGCUUUUGUAAAUGCUAUGUAUUUUUUCCUCUUCCAGUCCAACCCAACCUGGAUAAAGUGGCCAAAAUUCAGCCCGUUCUUUUAAACAAUCUCUCAUCCCUCUGGUGCCUUGCACAAGGCGCACCGGCACCAGUCAUUGUUUGGAGAAAGAACGGCAUUGUGGUACAGAACAGUACAAGUGUCAAAUAUAAGCUGACCAUUACUGAAGGAAACAACUACAGCUGCGAGAUGAAGAGGCAGGAUGGCUUUGACAAGAAAGAAAUCAGUCUUGUUAUGGAAAGUGAGUUUUGGUAA